UGCGUUUGCCUGCUGGCAACGGGUCACGUCACUCGCAUGCGAGAGGUCACCGAGUGAAUGGCAGUUGAAGGGAGCUGGAGCCGCGGGAAACUGGACGGGCGAGAAUCAACGCUUGAUGCAUGAAUGCGAGCAGUGAUGUGAUGAUCACGCAAACCCAAAUGCGCGUCCCGUUUGUUGGUCUAGGCGGGCGCAAACAACGUGGGGCCAAAACAACGUCUGUCAGUCUGCCUCGGAUAUGGGUCACAUUUUGAAGAACGCCACAAAUAAUGACGAUGCUCGCUGUGCAUAAUGUUUGCAAGAAAGCUCAGAAUGGGUGCAGCCAGCCCGGCCCCAGGCCCCAGGCCCUCCAUGUUUCUUGCUCCUCACGCACAAUUUGUGCUUGAGACACCGUCUUGAUCUUAGAGUCCAUAUGCAUAUUACAUCAAUUCAGCACUUGUAGCCUCGCAAACCGGAAGAGUCUUUAGAAUCUUGUGUUCCACCUUGAGGUCGCAGAACCUUUCCUAGGCAUCGCCAAUACUAUACGCAGCUGCGAUUAAUUGCAUUGAUGGCGCGAUUGCAAGCAAGCUUUGAAGCCGGAGCGAGCCGCAGCGGCGCGCUGGCUAGCACUUCCCAGCGACUUGUUCGCAGUCCUGUACUCACAGCAGAAGCACCAGCAGGAGCGCGCUUGGCACUCAGGGCGCUUGCCUGCGGCCCGAGCACCCACAUCUGCCCGCGGCUGCUGGCAGCCCACAGCGCUGCGGCCUGCGGCGCCUGCUCCCCAACCCGCAGCUGCACACACGCCGCGGCAGAGCCGCUAGGCCAGACCCGCACCAGCGGCCUCAGGUGUGCUGUAGUAGCUAGCGCGCAGCGGCGAGGCGGCGGCGGCGGCCGGGGCAGCAAGUGGGACAGUGAUGAGGAGCUGGAGGAGGACCUGGGCGGCCUGCGCUUCUCCAAGCGCAGCGGCAUGUGGCGGCUGCAGUACAACAAGUACGGGGCAGAGGUCCGCGAGGACGAGGCGUGGAAGCUGGCGCUGCCGCUGCUGGGCGGCCUGGUGCUGGCCACCACACUCAUAGGCCCGCUCAUCAUCGGCGUGGCCUUCACGGCGGUGGCUGUGGGCGCGGCGCUGUCCGCGGGCGCGCUGUUCACCUCGCUGUUCCUGCCCUUCUUCCUGCUCAUCGGCUUUGGCGCGCUGUUCUGGGGCGGCGUCACCUUCUCCGCCUUCGCCACGCUGGGCGCCGCGCUCAUCAUCAAGCCGCUCAUGUCGCUGAUGGUGGCCGGUGCGGGUCUGGGCAUGGGUGCCCUGGCUGUGGGCGCCUUCCUCAAGCCCGCGUCCAGCCGGGCCAAAGCGAGCUAUGAGGAGAAGGCUGCGGCGGCCAAGUCCGGGGCCAAGCAGCAGGGCGAUGUGAUCGAGGUGGAGCCGGAGGUGGACCCCGAGGUGGACAGGCAGCUGCGCGAGUUUGACGAGCUGCUGAUGGAUCGGGAGCAGCAGCGCCGCAAGACCGACCGCUUCCGGCAGGGCGGCCGCUGAUGAGACGGCAGCAGCAGGCAGUCAUUACGCAGGCGCUGCACGGGGGGGGGGGGGGCUGAAACCGGGAGACGGACCGUCCAGGCGAUGCGGUGGUCAAGUGGUCAGGAGACCGCAGUUUGGCUUUAAUCAGGUCCUCAGAUGUGUAUCAUCUGUGAUGUUGCUGCGGGUGCACGGGGUGUUAUAUCCAUCCGCAAGACCUGAAAUGACACGGAAACUGUUUGUCCAUCCAAACUCUGUGUGCCCUUGGAUGGGCACGGAUCACACAUGUUAGGUAUUGCCUAGCGCACAGUAAGUUCAGCUGUAAUAAGUUCAGAGGUUGUGCGAUCGCCCGGACGAGCGAAACGGGUUACUGCCGACGUGUAAAGGAGGUGUUCGCGCUCAGUCGCAUGGUUGUUCGCUUUCUAUAACCCUUGCUAUAUACAUUCGCAUAGGAUUCUAAGUUUGCGUUUUGUUGCUGCUGCGCUUCCGCUACGGUGGAAAACGAAAACAAUUGUGCUACCGCGUGUUGCGGACAGUUUCAUAGCACUCCACUCUACAAAGAUAACCCGCUAGACUGUUGCUCUGGCAGCGCUGGCGAAAAC